CGUCUCAACAUGGAACCUUCACAACCCAAGUUAGACGCAAUUUACACCAAGGGGAGAUUCGACGGCCACGUUGCCGUAGUGACCGGGGGAGCGUCUGGCAUAGGUAGAGCGUGUGUUAAACGACUUGCGAGUGACGGGGCAAUUGUGGCAUUUCUAGACGUCAAUCGCGAUGCGGGGGAACAGCUCGAGGCAGAGUUAAAGAGGGUGGGGUCUGACGCCAUAUAUUACCACGUCGAUGUCGCUGACAGAGAUGCGUGUUUCCAUGCAGGGGAUGACAUUGCCAGCAAACAUGGCGGCUGCAUCAACUAUUUGGUCAACUGUGCUGCAACGUUCCUAUUUAAAGGUUUGGAUGCCACGCCGUCCGACUGGAGGAAGGCUCUGAGCAUCAACGUGGAAGGAUACUCCAACAUGGUUCAGGCUUGUGUUCCUCACUUGAAAAAAGCCAAAGUAGGCAUACGGGCCAUCGUCAACAUGGCCAGUGUUUCCAGUCACCUAGCCCAGACUGACCGCUGGACCUACAGUGCCUCCAAAGCCGCUGUCCUUCAGAUGACCAGGUGUAUGGCACUGGACCUUGCCAAAGACGGAAUACGAGUGAACUCGAUAACACCCGGGUCGAUAAAAACGCCUGCGCUGGUGGCAUUUUCGAGAAUAGAUCCUGGCUUAGAUGAGUGGUUAAAAUGUUGCCAUAUGCUGAAUCGCAACGGCGAACCUUCAGAAGUUGCCGCAGCCGUUGCCUUCCUCUGCAGCAGAGACGCUUCCUUCAUCACCGGCUCCGAUCUCCCGGUAGAUGGCGGUUAUGCUGCGAUCGGACCCGAACGACACGGAAGAAACGGCCCACAGUUCGAAGGCGUCAUACCAGAGUAAAAAGUAAUGAGGGAAAUAGUGCACCGUGAGCGUACGUAUAUGAACUUCAUUCUCCAGAGGACCUAAAUUGCGUCACAGUCCUUUGGGUUGAAUUUAUGUCGCAGUCUCAGAUCGUUGCCGUGUCAAAAUGGAAUUGUAGCUUGUCUUAAGUCAUCUCUGCCUUGAAAGGAUAACAACUCUUCGUAUGGGAUCCAUAAUUUACAACGCACACGUUGUAAACAAUAAAUAAAUAAUAAAUUAUAUUUAACAACCAAAA